GUUAAUGAUUGACCAGAGGCCCAUUUCACAACUUACCAAGGGUCAGUUUGUCAUCAGCAUGUACAAGCUCGGUCCUCUCCAAUCCUCACCACCUGUCAGCUCCGACCCGGAAGGCCCCCCCAGGCAGACUACGGCAUGAUCUCCACAACCGAAUGGCAGAAGAUUGGUGUGGGCAUCACCGGCUUCGGCAUCUUCUUCAUCCUCUUUGGAAUACUCCUGUACUUUGAUUCCGUGCUCCUGGCCUUUGGAAACCUGCUGUUUCUCACUGGCCUGUCCUUCAUCAUUGGCCUGAGGAGGACCUUCUCCUUCUUCUUCCAACGGCACAAGGUCAAGGGCACCAGCUUCUUCCUGGGGGGUGUGGCCAUCGUGCUCCUGCGCUGGCCGCUCCUGGGCAUGUUGCUGGAAACCUACGGGUUCUUCAACCUCUUCAGGGGCUUUUUCCCUGUCGCCUUUGGCUUCCUGGGCAGCGCCUUCAACAUCCCCUUCCUGAGUGCGCUGUUCCGGAGGCUUCAAGGCUCCAGCUCAAUGGUCUGA